AUGUUAUUAUUAGAAAUACCAACUAUGGUUGAAAAUAGCCUAGCAUGUCGUUAUCUUGCUAUAACAAUACGAAACAUGGAUCAAAUUGAUCCAAACCUUCGAAAGAAAAUCUCGGAAUCAUUAAAUUCACUGGAUAUUCGUGUUAAUGAAGCUACUAAAAUAUAUUCCGAUUUUCGACAUGAGGCCAUAGUUUUUUCACGAACUGUUCGUGAUAGGAUGAAUACAAUAGAGGAACAAUUAGCAAAGGAUUGGAAAAGUGAAGCAGCCAGAGAGGUAAUACAAAAACAUCUUGAUGCGAUUAAAAAACGUAUUCCUAUCUUUAAAGCUGCAUUGACAAAGGCAAUCAAAAAAACAUACCAAGUUACUGAUACAGCCAAAGAAGCACAUUUAGUUUUGGAUGACGGAAGAACCAGUGCAAUACGACAUGAUAAUUCAUUGUAUCAGCGACUUUUGCGUUUUAUUAGUAGUGAGGAAGAAAAAAUUCAAAUAAAGGAUCAAUUAGAAGAGAUUGAUGAAGGGAUUAUAUUCAUCAAAGAAUUACAGAAUAAUUUAGAAUUGUUUGAUAAAAUUAUCGAUGACCACAGAAUAAAAAGUCAGGAAGUUGAAGUACAACUUGAAGAAAAUAUAAAUCAUGUAGAAAUAGAUAAAACUUCAUUAAAGGAUCUUAAAUAUAGUAUCGAAGACUUGAAUAUGCCACACCCAAAACUUCCUAGUAAUAUGAAUAAAAAUUGUAUAAGUUUUAAUAUAAGGUUUUCUACAGUUGCAAAAAAGUUGACAAUGAUUCGAAUUUGGUCUACAAAACGAACAGUGAAUUCUUUAGUUUUUGUUUUCUCGGAUGAUACAACCCAAAUUAUUGGCACACCAAAUAAAGGACAUCUUAAAGAUUUCCUAUGGGUUGAUGGAGAAUAUAUUACAGAGAUAUCAUAUGUAAUUGGAAAGUACGUUAAUGGCAUUGAGAUUAAAACUAAUAGUGGACGUAGCACAGGGUGGCAAGGCUCUCGUAGUGGUCGUAAGGAACGAAUUGUUCCAGGGGUUUUCAGUAAUUGGUUUUCAAGUUGGCGGGGAAUAUAUGGGACUUUCUCAGAUGGAAUAUGCAGUAUAAUGCCGCUCUCA